UUGUUUCUUGGUUUUCAUAAGUCUUCUUCUGAUUCUUCGUUGCCGAAGCUUGAGACGGAGCGUUCGAUCACUACGAGGUUUGAGGGGCCAUGGCCAGCACCAUUCCCCGGCCAGCUGCUCCUCCCCACGCCGCCGCUUCCGCUGCCGCUUCAGUGUUCGUGGCGAAGCCAGCGGUGCAGGCGGCGAAUGUCAUCCGGUUCCAGGUGGUAAAGGAGCGGCUGGAGUUGUACUUUAAGGGUGAGAUCCCCUAUCAGGCCCCUGAGUUUGCCAACGCCGUCUUCUCCCUCGCCAAGGCUAUUGAUUAUUCACUGUCAAUCAAUGAUGUUCCAGCAAUUGCACCAUCACUUCCUUCGGUAAUAAAACAGGCGUAUAAAUAUAAGAAUGACGGUAGUCUUCAGUCAGCGGUUAUGGUGCUUAUGAUUUCUGUAAAGAAUGCUUGUAAGGUUGGAUGGUUUAGUGCAACUGAUGUUGCUGAACUUCUCAGUAUGAUGGAGGAGUUACUUAAUGGCUUUUCUAUGGCUAUCAAUAGCAUACCUGAUGCAGUCAAAGCUCAAGAAGUCAUUUCCAAGGUUAUGCCAAGGUUUUAUCCCAAUCUAAAGUUGGGCUGUCUAGUUGUUGCUUUUGAAGCAAAGCCUGGGUAUGACAUUUUGAUGGCAGAUUUUCUUAUUCCGAGAAACAUACCUGCAGAAGAGAGGAUACGGCUAUUUGUGAUUCAAACAGACAACUUAGAGACGUCUGCUUGUAUUGUAAGCCCUCCCAUGGUGAGCUUUCUGGUUAAUGGAAAAGGGGUGGAGAGAAGGACAAAUGUUUCACUGGACACUGGGCCUCAAUUUCCAACAGAUAUUUCUAAAAUGCUUAAAUAUGGAACAAAUAUGAUUCAGGCAGUUGGCUAUUUUGUAGGUAGUUAUGUCAUUGCUAUAGCGUUUGCAAGCAAUUUAGUCCCCUCCACUCCAACACUCGAAGAUUAUGUCCAACCUGCUAUUGACUUACCAUCUUCAGAUUCUGAGUUGAUCGUGGGUGCGUCAAGAAUAUCACUUAAUUGCCUGAUAAGCUUUAGGCGCAUAAAAACUCCUGUUAAAGGUUAUCUUUGCAAACAUCAUCAGUGUUUUGAUUAUGAUAAUUUCAUGGAAAUGAACUCAAGGAAGCCGUCCUGGCGCUGCCCUUGUUGUAACCAACCAGUUAGUUUUCAUUGACCUACGGAUUGACCAAAAACAUGGUUAAGGCAAAUACUAGGGGAGGUUGGAGAUAAUGCAAAUGAUGUUGUUAUCAAUGCUGAUGGAUCAUGGAAGGUGGUUGUCAGAGGUGACGGAGAUACAGACAGACUACGUGAUGGAACCCAGGAAGGAAAUAAAGAUGUUACUAUGGAAUCUGAAUCUGACAAACCGAAUUUGGUGACGGAUGUUAUGGAUCUGACUAUGGAUGAAGAUGAUGACUCUGAUGGAGGACCUGCUUCUGCUCAGGGACUUGCUAAUGAGUUUAAUAGUGAAGCUGAAGACAGGAAGCCCACUAAGGAUGUGCAAGGCUAUUCAGUUUCUGAAUUCCUUUCUGAAUCCCUAGCUGUCAACUCUACAUCCUCAAGCAUUCCCUUAACUGCUUUGCCAAGGGAUGAUUUCUGGCUUAGAAUGUUAGCAUCGACAUCUGUCACAGAUGGCUUAUCAACGUCUAUUGGACCAAGUGCUUACCCAAUUGGCUCUUUGGAAUCUCCUGUACCUGAUGCUGUGAUGAACCAUGUUGCCACUGAUGCUGCAUCUCCUGGGCUUAUCCAGGAGUCUGGUGCAGCUCCUGAAGCCUCUCAAUCUCCUUUCCCUUUCCAUCUACCAUCACGGAUGUCUCCGCUGGAGGAAAACAUGCAAUUACAGCAGUCACAUAAUAGAAAUUCAGCUAUCAGCAGCUUGCCUGAUAGGCAGCCAAUACCGAGAUUUGUUAUCAGAAACCCAAUUGCAGUACAGGCUCUUCCAGUGCAGCCACAAGUGCCUGUUUCUUCCCAACGAAUGCGAUCAGAUAUAUUUAAUACAAUUCAUGCCCCUAAUGGUUCUGGUGGAAGUCAUGUGGAAACUGCAGCCACAGAUAUUCAGGCUUCAAGAAGUUUAGAUAAUGCUUCUUCAUUGUUGCAUGCUCAAUCAAGGGCACAGAGCUUUCAAAAUCAGCAGCAGAAUCAAUAUGCAAGGAGUUCAACUGCGCUCCCGCAUCUUGUUGCCAUGCCUGCUCCAAGCUUGAUGGGCCCAAGAACAUCCCCAGCUGUACAACAGAUGAGAACAGCUGCUCAAAGGGGUUUAUCCCAAACUCCUCCCGGUCAACAAACUUUCGAAGAUCGUCUACAAAAUCUCAGAGCUCAGCACACAGCAAGCCCAGUCACAACCACUCGUCCACUACGUUUCCCUUCAAUGCCAGUGCAGCAAACAGCUCAAACCACUGCAGCUUUGGCAGCGGCGAGCUCAGCAAGGAAUCACCAGGUUUUGGCCUCUCAACGUGCCGCCAACAUGGCUAGAUCGCCAGCAGGAGCUACACCUCCUCAAAUAUCCAGGACACCAACAUCCAUUCCGGUGGCGAUCAACAGCCCUAGGGUUUCAAGCAGUGAGCAAACCCGAAACACUGUGACAGGAGGCAUGCCAGUUGCAAGAUCAGAUGGCAUUUCUGAAUCCCCGUCUGAACCGAGCUGGCGACCAACUGGUAGAAUGAGGGGUAGCCUUACAGGUAGCGCAUAUGCGGCUGCUCUUAGUCAUUAUCUUUCGCCUGCUACGCUGCAACCGGUUGUAGCUCGCUCGCCUGUCGCCGCUGCUGCGGCUACUGAUCAACUUCUGACAACAGCAUCGAUGCCCUCGACCCAGAGUCAGCAGACUAACACAGGACAUACUGAAGUAGGCAGGCAGACAGGUGCUUCAGGUGUAUAAUUCAAGGUAUCUUUACCAUUUGUACUAAUUUUGAUGAAUCUUGAUGAUUGAAUGGCAAAUUGGUAUGCGUUGUUGGUGGGGGGAAUAUUGCAAUGUAAAUUGAGCUGUCUCUUCCCUUU